UCUAAAAAUCAAGUUGGGGAGAGGCAAAUUGGCAGUCUCUUAUCCGUUGUUUUAUCAACAAAUGCUCCAAAUGUUUUCCUCUCCUCCAUAGCUUCCUUCUUCUCCUUCUCCAAUCAGCACAAUUUUCCAUCUCCAAUCCCACCCUCCAAACCUUCUCUCCCACUUCCCAAUGAAACCCUUUUCAUUUCCUUCACAUUCCCCCCUCUUCCGCUUCUGGGUGGCCGACUGAGCGCAAUUUUCACUGCAUUUCCUCAUGUCCGCCAUAGCUACAAUCACAGAGUAGCAGAAUCCAUAACCCACUUGGAGGACGAAGACGAAGAAGAAGAAGAAGAAGGCGAUGUCGUGUUUACUUCCCCAAUUCAAGUGCCACCCCGAAACAUUCUCAAUCCAAUUCAAGACGACGGCCAUAACGGUUACAACCACGGCUAAUUACUCUCACCAUCAUAACUUUCUUCCCACCGCCAAUUCCAGUUGCACUAAAGUUAGAGAUCCUCAUAGUUUACGGACACAAUGUAUCUUGUCUGCUGCAUCACCAUCAACAUCAACUGGAACAGCCACAACAUUCAAUGUGGAACGACUUAAACUGCCUCCUUUAGAUGCUAACACCGACUCGAUCUCUGCAGAAAGACUAAGAUCAUAUUUAAGUGCAGUCGAAUCAAGUUUUGCCUCGACACUUCUUACCAGUGAGGAGGCUACAAUAGCAGCUGCUGCAGCUGAAGCCGUUACUCUUGCGAAAGCAGCUGUCAAGGUUGCUAAGGAUGCAGCUCUUCUGGUUAAUAAUAGCAACUCUUCCAAAACUGGAAAAAAAUCUCAAUCUUCUUCCAAAUCUGAUGCUUUACAUUUCAAAUGGGAUCAAUUUAUGGAAUCCGAAAGGGCUGAUAUAAUAGGAGUACCAGUUGGGGUUAAUAAUCGCCCUGCGGAAGGUGAUGCUCUGCAACACGACACGGCAGAAUCUGAUUACACAGAUCCAACAACUGAAGAACUUGAACUUUUACAGGACGAACUCUCUAAUAUAGCUGUAAGGUCAAGGCGUCAGACAGAACGGAGGGCUAAAAGAACACGAGCAGCAGAGAAGAUUGCUACUAGUGUAGUGUCAGUGAAGUCUGGUUCUAGCAGCCGGAAGAAGCGUAAUUCUGUCCAGGAAGUGGACUACUCCGAUCCAUUGCGUUACUUAAGAGCGACUACAAGCAAUUCUAGACUUCUUACUGCAACUGAAGAACUUGAAUUGUCAGAAGGAAUUCAGGACUUAUUAAAACUGGAAAGGCUCCAAGAAGAGCUUAGGGAACGGUAUGGGAAAGAGCCGACCUUUGCACAAUGGGCUGCUGCUGCUGGAGUCAAUCAGAGGACACUGAGGAAGCGUCUAAACUAUGGUACUUUUUGUAAAGAUAAAAUGAUAAAAAGCAACAUUCGUCUUGUCAUAUCGAUUGCAAAAAACUAUCAGGGAGCUGGGAUGAAUCUCCAAGAUCUAGUUCAGGAAGGGUGUCGAGGCCUUGUACGAGGUGCCGAAAAAUUUGAUGCUUCUAAGGGCUUCAAGUUCUCAACCUAUGCUCAUUGGUGGAUAAAGCAGGCGGUCCGAAAGUCUCUUUCUGAUCAGUCAAGGACUAUUCGCUUGCCAUUUCACAUGGUGGAAGCAACUUAUAGGGUGAAGGAGGCUAGAAAGCAAUUAUACAGUGAAAAUGGAAGACAUCCUGAUGAUGAAGAAAUCGCAGAAGCAGCCGGACUGUCGAUGAAGAGGCUCGCUGCAGUACUGAUGACUCCGAAAGCACCUCGAUCCUUGGAGCAAAAGAUCGGGAUCAACCAAAAUCUCAAACCUUCGGAAGUCAUUUCCGACCCCGAAGCAGAAACUUCAGAAGAUCUGCUGAUAAAACAGUUCAUGAAGCAGGAUCUCGAAAAGGUACUCGACUCCCUUAACCCGAGAGAGAGACAGGUAAUUAGAUGGAGGUUUGGGAUGGAAGAUGGCAGGAUGAAAACACUGCAAGAAAUAGGAGAAAUAAUGGGUGUAAGUAGGGAAAGAAUUAGGCAAAUUGAGUCAUGUGCAUUCAGAAAACUCAAAAACAAGAAGAGAACUAAACAUUUGCAGCAGUAUCUGAUGUCAUGAUGAUGAGUCUCCAUCAAAUUCAAGAGUUAGAUUCCUCCAAAAGUAUCUAUUUUCUGAUAUGAGGCUUAAAGAAGGCUUGUUCUUUCUCUCUUUUUUCUUUUUUUUCUUCUGUAACAUAUAUUAUUAUGCAUCUUUUUUUCUCAUUUCAGGAUAGAGUAGUAUCUGAUUGUUGACAGAAUAAUAGGUACUUUCUGUUCAUACAUAUUCAAUUUUAAAUCAAGUCAUUUCUCUUGAUUCA